AUGUUGCGGUUCGUGGCAAUUGUGUCAUUCUUUGCAACCAUCAGUGUUCUAGUAUUCAUGGACUGUGUGGAGAGCAAGGCGAGGGUUUGUUUCUUCGGUCAACCACCGGAGCUGGAUGCAGCAGACAUGCACCAAUGGAUGGCACAGUUCAUGGAGUUAGUACGGAAAAGAUGCCCGAGACAAUGCAGUGAUGAUACUGCGAAUGUAGAUACUUGUCAGCGACUGGGUCUUGAAGACGGCACCAUUCCUGAUGAGCGUAUCCGAGCAUCAAGUGAUGGUGACUUUCAUCCUGCCGCCAUGGCACGACUGAAUGGCCCGUCGUAUUGGAGUCCGUCAUACUAG